AUGCCUUGCCUUAACAUCUCAACCAACGUGAGCCUCGACGGCGUCGAUACCUCUUCCAUUCUCUCGGAAGCAACCUCCACCGUCGCCCAAAUCAUCGGCAAGCCUGAGAACUAUGUGAUGAUUGUGUUGAAAGGCUCAGUGCCUAUAGCAUUUGGUGGGACGGAGGAGCCUGCGGCUUACGGUGAGUUGGUCUCUAUCGGAGGCCUUAAUCCGGAUGUUAACAAGAAGCUAAGCGCUGCUGUUUCCGCCGUUCUUGAGGCUAAGCUAUCAGUGCCCAAGUCUCGGUUCUUCCUCAAGUUCUAUGACACCAAGGGAUCCUUCUUUGGAUGGAACGGGGCGACUUUCUAG